AUGUCCAGGACACAUCUGAAACCCUCCCCUUUGUGGCCAAAUCGCAAGGGGAUACGUGCACCUGGACCGAAAGGAAAAAAAAGACCAUCGGUCGCCCCACUGGGCGAGCAUCAUUUGGGAGCACAGAUAUCAUUUGAGCAAGCAAGUCGCCAGGCAAAGCAAGGGAGGGAAGGGCCAACUUUGGACGACAGCGAGCAUGGGACAUGGAGCAUUGUGGAGAGAUACAUAGUAGUCAAGGCUCGGAAGCCGAGAUGGAGAAUACACAGACACAUGGAUGGAUACUUGAUUGCGUCGAGGGCAAGUCUGUAA